AUGCAGCGAUCUUUGGAGCAAAGUUACUCGAUCAAAUUUUGCGUAAAGCUAAACAAAACGAGUUCCGAAACCAUUGGGCUACUCAAGGAGGCUUACGGGGACCAAUCUCUGUCCAGUGCCCAGGUAAAACGGUGGCACAAGUCGUUCAAGGAAGACCGGGAGGACGUCGAAGACGAACAACGAUCUGGAAGGCCUUCGACGACGCAAACAGACGAAGAUGUGAACCGGGUUCGUGAAUUUUUGAACAUUGACCGUCGUGCUAGUCUACGUGAGAUCAGUGAAGAGUUAAAUUUAACUUAUUACAAUGUGCGGGAAAUCGUGACCGGAAAACUUGAAAUGCGCAAAGUGUGUGCCAAAUUGGUUCCAAACGUUUUGACUGAUGAACAAAAGCAAUUGCGUGUGGAAAAGAGUCGUGAAUUAUUGGAAAGUGACGAACAGGAUAAUGCUUUAGACAAUUGUAUCACAGGUAAUGAAACCUGGUGCUCUGAGUACGAUCCUGAGGGCAAGAGAGAGAGUGCGGAGUGGCACACGAGCCAGUCGCCACGACCCAAGAAGGAGCGCAUGUCGAAAUCCAAGGUCAAAACCAUGCUGAUCAUCUUUUUCGACUCUCGAGGCAUCGUCCACAAGGAGUUUGUACCUCCAGGAAGCACUGUAAACGCGGCAUUUUACAAAGAAGUGCUCCUUCGGCUGAAAAACCACGUCGCCCGGGUUCGGCCCGACCUCGUCAAAAAUUGGACCCUUCAUCACGACAAUGCGCCUUCAUCUUGUUCCCGCGCCUGA